AUGGCUGCCCUCUUUGUCUCGCUCCUGGCUCUCACCAGUCUUGUACCGGUACAAGGUGCCGCCACUGUGCCUCAGACAGAUUAUGCAAAGCGUGCUGAGCGAGUACUUAGAAGCGCUCCGCUGAUAGAUGGGCACAAUGACCUCCCUUAUGCUAUCAGGAGGUCUACCAACGACCAGAUCUAUGACGGGAAGCUGCCCUUUGAAACCUCACUAAAGGGCCAUACCGAUCUACCCCGAAUGCGAAAGGGUCGCAUGGGUGGACAGUUCUGGAGUGUGUUCAUUGCUUGUCCCUCGGACCCUAACGCUCCAAUUAAUACACCAAAGUUUGCGACCAGGGACACUCUAGAACAAAUCGAUGUUGCAAGACGACUUGUAGACAAGUACUCCAAGGAUCUCAUGUACUGCGACAACCCUGGCUGCGCAAAGAGAGCCUUCAGAGAAGGUAAAAUCGGCAGCUUUAUUGGUAUUGAGGGUGGCCACCAAGUUGGCAGCUCCAUUGCGGCCUUGCGCCAGGCCUUCUACGCUGGAGCUCGCUACAUGACUCUCACCCACAACUGCGACAAUGCAUGGGCAACAGCUGCUUCCACUGUCAGAGCCGGCAAGCCUGACCUGGGCAUGACUGACUUUGGCCCCGCCUUGAUCAAGGAGAUGAACCGCCUGGGCAUGCUCGUCGACCUCUCGCAUGUUUCUCAUCAAACCAUGAGAGACGUUCUGAAGAUCACCAAGGCACCCGUCAUCUUCUCCCACUCUUCCGCUUAUGAAGUCUCAAAGCACUUGCGCAACGUUCCAGACGACGUCCUCAAGACCGUUGCCAAAAACAACGGUGUUGUCAUGGUCACUUUCGUGAGCAGCUUCGUCAAGGUCGAUGACCCCGACUCUGCGGAUGUCAACACCGUUGUCAAGCACAUCUUCCACAUUGCGGAAGUUGCCGGAUGGGACCAUGUUGGUCUCGGUGGCGACUAUGACGGCACCACUGAGCUUCCAAAGGGACUCGAGGACGUUUCGAAGUACCCAUAUCUUAUUGAGAAGGUCCUUGAAGCCGGAGCCACUGAGGAGCAGGCCCGCAAACUCGUUGGAGAAAACGUGCUUCGUGUCUGGACCGAAGUGGAGCAGAUCGCAAAGAAGAUCCAGAGAUCCGGUGUUCUCCCUGUCGAGGAGGUCUGGAAGGGUAGGAAUGGAACUGCUCUCUCUGAACGAUCUACGUUCAUUGAGGGACCCGCCCCGCUUGAGUAUGGAUGCGAUUAA